GCGCUGCAACACUUGUUGAUUCGAGCAGUGAUGGGCCAGGCGACUAUUGGCUUCCCUGGCAUGUAGACUCCAAUUUUGUGACCCUCCUUCACAAGGAGAUGUAUGCCAGUGAAGCAACUGGUGAAUUCCAAUCCGAGCCGGCAGGGGCUGGUCUAAUGAUGAUGAACGAGGUUGGGGAGACGGCAAUGGCCGAGUUCUCAGACCCCGACGCGAUGAUUCUCCAAAUGGGUGCUUUCGCGCAAAUUUACACAGGCGGUGCAUUGAAAUCUUGUCGACAUGCUGUCUUAAACAGCUUGGAACCUGGGGUUGCCCGGUUCAACUAUUGCAAUUUUUGGUAUGUGCCAUGGAACACCUUGUGCGAGCCUCCUCCUGGCAUGGAGAGUACAGCGGUCAAUAAGGGCUGGAAUGCCAUGAUGGAUGAGAGUUACCUCAACAUUACCAUGAGGCAGAGUUUCUCAGCCUUCCGUCAGUUCAUGGUGUCACCAGAGGCACGAAUUCAGUUUGUGAACUCCGAACGUUUCACAGAGCUUUCGGAGAUUUUACCUUUGGAGAAGCCACAAUCGCGAGGUGUUCUGGACAGCAAGCCAGACAUCCAGAUUGACAUUUUGACUGAUGUGCGAUGCCCGUUCUCGUUCAUCAGUCAGACCAACCUCGAGGCGGCGGCACGCAACUUGUCAUUGCAAGACCACGUCAAUCUUCGCUUUCAUCCGAUUUUUCUCAAUCCCGAAGUCUCCAAGGAGGGCGAGAGCUUGGAUGACUACCUUUGGCGAGAGUUCGGCUACACCAAGGAGUAUGCGCAUUCUGAAGAGUAUCCACUGCGUAAGGCUGGAUUGAAGGCAGGCAUCGACUUGAAUCCCAAUCGACGAGUCGUUAACACGUUCGACGCCCAUUGCCUCAUCGAAGCCGCGCAGGCGGAGGGCAAGCAAGAAGAGCUUGAGCGGACCCUGUCACGAUGGUAUUUUGAAGAGGCCAAGGACAUUUCUGAUGCCAAUGUGCUAGCAGCUGCUGCUGCCGCCUGUGGCGUUGAUGUCUCGCGCGCUGCAUCGCCGGAGAUCAAACUGGCCGUGCAGCAGCGCUACGAGGAGCUGUCAACCAGGCUCGGAGAAGUCCCACACUUCCUGCUGAGGGAGCAGAUCUCGGGGAACGGUGUGGAGAUGAGUGGCCUGAAGAGCGUGGAGGACUGGGAGAAGGUCCUCCAGCAAGUGAUGGAGCGAGGCAACUUUGUUGGCAUGACGAUCAACGGACCUCAUGGACAGAAGGUGCGACUGGAUGAGGCGAAUCCAUACGCUGCCAUUAGUCACGCAAUGGAUGCCCAGCCGCUUGGCGGACUCGAUUUAAUCGCUGGGGUUGCAGUUUGA